AUGGCGGCCUUCUCCGAGUCGGGGCCGGUGUUUAAACCACGAUGUGCCCAGGUCGGUUUGGCAUCUGCGGAUGUCGAAAGACUCGAGAAGGUGGGUGUGAAUUCACUCGCAAAGGUCGCUUUCAUGACGAGCUACACGCCGGGCUCCGGCGAUGACAAGGACCUCAUCGCGGCAUUUGAGUCGACCCUCGGGACGCCGCCCUCUGUGGGGCAGAAAAGCUCCUUCCGAAGGUUAUUUCAUGAAGCAUAUGCUGUUACCACUUCGGAAAUGAAGAUGCUUGUGGAGCGGACGGACGAAUCCAUCCCGAGGAAAUUGAGCGUCCCAGAGAGAUCUGAGAGGUUCGAGGUCGUGAGCAAACGACUUGUGGGCCUUUCCAUCAAGAAUCGUCUUGAGCCUGCUGAUAGCCUCGUCGACUCCUUCGUGUCUCAGUAUGAGCAGGACAAGCUGCAGUUUGUCCCGUGGGAGAAGCUUGUUUCCAAAGAACAAGAGGCCUCAACUGGUGCAAAGCGAGAGCCUUUCUUCUCGCUUGACAGUACUGGCAAGCUCAGGUCGGAGACCAAGGUCGAGGUCCGUGCUGACACGAGCACGGAGCUGCUAUUGCAGCUCGCGCUUCAGAGGCGCGGCAUCGCUAUGGAAAUGGCGAACAUCCUUGACUACCAUCAUCAUCACACGUGGGUCGAGCGCCUUCUUGCGGCGCGCCUCGACGCCCCUCCGUCGACGCACAUGCAGCCUACUCUCGAUCAGUGUCAGCAGGCUGACAGAAAGCUUUGGCAGCUUCUCGGAGAAGCAACGCGCUCGGGCAUCCAGCUCAAAGCUGGUGGGCGACCACUCAUCUUCGAAACCACGUGGCAGACACCCGAGGUACUUCAUCUGCUCCAGCCGAUGCCUCGGGCAGCAGGCGCUUCAGUCUCACAGCAGGUGGCACCACCGCCGAGACCGCACGGGCCAGGCUUGUAUGAUCGUCCAGGCAAGGGCCGAAAGGGCACUGGAAAGGGUGCCAAGGCCACCAAAGGUGGCGGGAAAGCCCCGCCUGUGCCGAAUAAUUCUCCUUUAUCAGGUCUUGAUCCGUGUCAGCAGAGUGCUAGUAUGGAUGCAAGCAAGUUUUCUUCACUUUUGCAGUUGCUUCAGGGUGCUCAGUGGCCCGACUCUGUGUUGCAACGCAAGUCUGUCUCUUCAGCGAAUCCCACGCAGUCGAGAGCCAGCAGCCCGCAGCAUUUGACACAUGCCACGCUGGCCAUGCAGGCUUUUGUCCAGCAACUGAAUGCAGCCAUCAAGGGGCUUCUGCCCCAAGUGUCCUGGAAUGCAAUCUGUAUAGGCAGGAACACCUUAUCGGAUUUUCACAGAGAUUCGGGUAACCAACAGGGCUCACUGAACCACACCUUCUCGCUUGGCACCUUCGCAGGCGGCCAGCUCUGGCUUGAGGAUGCAUCGGGCACUUCUGAGGCUACUGUUCCAGGCGACAAGCAGAUCAGAGGCAAGAUAGUCGUCACACUCUACACUCUUUCAGGUGGGCAACCUACGGCGCUGCUCCCAUUGGGCUUUCCGUGUGCACCUUCUGCUGCGGCACAACAGCUCCCUGUAGAGCGGCCGCCUCUUCAGAAUGCCUUGCCGUGUGCCACUGCCACUUCUGGGUCGCCUCACCUGCCGACCCGUCUUCCUCCCCGGCAUGAGAAACCUUUGUUCUUGGAAAUUUGCAGUGGGUCCGCUAUGCUUUCUUAUGUUGCCAAGGAGGCCGGAUACACGGCCGUGCCAAUCGAUUGGCAUCACAACAAACAACGGACGUGUGUGCACACUUUGCAGCUUGAAUUGCGCCUUGACAGCACGUGGUCUUUCCUACGACGCAUUUGCUCAGAGUACAACGUCGCCUGGGUCCACAUGGCUCCUCCAUGCGGUACUGCCAGCAGAGCUCGGGAAUGCGGGCCCGGCCCCAAGCCACUGCGUUCACUUCGCCACGUGCGUGGGCUCCCCGGCCUUCCACCGGUGGAGCAGGCCCGGGUGGACAGUGCCAACACUAUAUAUGACAACAUGGUGGCCUUCUGUGACUGGCUGUUUCAUGCCAUGCCGCAUGUCCCUUUCUCGGUUGAGAACCCGUUGCAUAGCUACCUUUGGCAGCUUCCGAAGUGGGCCGAGCUGGUUUCAAAGCACUCCUUCGUCACAUUUGACUCGUGCCUCCACGGGUCACAACGCAAGAAGGCCACAGCCCUUCUCACAAACUCUGAGCUUUUACACUGCCUUUCCGGACCCUGUCCAGGUUGCUCCUCUCAUCUACCAUGGGGCAAGCAGGGCCGCUCUUUUGCCACUGCUGAAGAGACAGGCUAUCCCAAGCUUCUUUGCGAAAGGAUCGUCGCAUGCGUGGAUAAGUCGGCCGCUUCACGAGGCAUUGCGCCAGAACGCCUAAGUGUUUCCAAGGUCUCUGCUGCACGCGCCGCAGGUCAGGUGCAACCUCGUGGCCGCAAGUUCCCGCCGAUCAUUUCUGAAUUUGCUUACACCGUCUCGGUUGGCAGUGCUGAGGCUCCCACUCUCAAUUCCAAGCAUUGCCUUUCGACUGCCUGGCAUGGCGUCCCUGCAGGUGCCAAGCUCCUCCGGGAGUCAGUUGAACGGGGAGGUUCGCGACUCCCAGAGGGCAAUAAGUUCUACAUUUUCGGCGUGUAUCGAUCCAUGCAAGCUUUCUUGAACGAGGCAAAGUUAGUUGUGCAUCCCUUUGAUUCCGCCAGAUCACUUCCCGAUGAACUUUUGCGAGUCUUGUUCGACACCCUUACGAAGAGCCCGGUCGACACGAUGAGGCACCGCCUUCUGAAGCUACAGCAUUGGCGUGCCCUCGCCAAGCAGCUUGAGCCCGAGGAAGAGAAAAUCAGGUCGGCUAUGGACCCUUGUGUGCGGAAGGUCCUCGGGUGUAAACGUAUUGCGCUCAUGAAGAGGGUUGCCGCCGACUUGUCGUGGCCUGACACGACUCUCUUCGAUGACCUUGCUGCCGGCUUUAAGCUAACGGGGUACUUAGGACGUACGGGGGUCUUCGCGAGCGAUGUUAAGCCUGCCACGAUGGACCUUGACGAAUUCUGGGCAAUCAGGGCUCAGAAGGACCAUGAUUAUGCCGAGGAGCUCUGGAACAUGACGCUUGAGGAGUCAAACAGAUCCGGGAAGUGCUGGCUUGACGGCCCGAUCGAUGUUGACUCUCUGGGGGACACCUUCCCCGAAGGCUGGAACGCCUGCCGGCGUUUUGCAGUCUGGCAGGGCAAAUGGCGUGCCAUCGAUGACUUCUUGGAAGCUGCGGUGAACUCUUGCUUCGGAUGCUUUGAACGUGUCACUCUUAAAGCCCUUGAUGAGAUAUGUUGGCUGUGCAUGCAGGUUUGCCGUGCGGCAAAAUCAUCGGGCUCCCUCGAUCUGGAGCUCAGCUCGGGUGAGAGACUCAAGGGACCUCUCCAUACUGCGUGGAAGGACCCCGACCGCGUCCGUCCUCACUGCAAGACUUAUGACCUUCAGGCAGCGUACAAGCAACUAGCAUUGCACCCAGGCGAGAGGCCGAAAUCCAUUAUCCUGCUCAGGGAGCCUGGCUCCCGCGCUGUAAAAGCCUUUGUGUGCAACACUCUUCCUUUCGGGGCUUCGGCUUCAGUCAUGCAGUUUAACCGGGUGGCAUUGUUUCUGCAAAGGGUUCUUUGGGAUUUGAGGGUAGCUGUGACUUGCUACUACGACGAUUUCCCGACCAUGACACCCUCGUUCUUGUCGGGCGGGACGGACAAUGCAGUUCAUGCCCUCAUGGACUUGUUCGGCUUCUCCUUGUCCGAGAAAGAGAAGCCGUUCUCUUGCACUGCAGAAACUUUGGGUGUUGUGCUCGAUACGUCGGAUCCCGACAUGGGGCGCAUCUUCGUAUCGAACAAGCCUGAACGGGCUGCCAUGCUCGAGGAGUCCAUAGGCCGCAUCCUUGAACAAGGCCAGGUAGACACGAGGGAGUUGCCCUCCCUUCUUGGCAAACUUCGCUUUGCAGAUGCUCAGCUGCUCGGCCGCACGGGGCGUUUGGCCCUGGCUGACCUCAGGCUCCUUGGUGACAAAGGUGGUGUCUUGCAGUUGACCGAUUCGCAAUCGAACGCCUUGGCUGUCUUGAGGGCGAGACUUCUUGCGAGCAGGCCGCGAGCCAUUGCUACGAGCCCACCUUCGAAUCCAGUUCUUGUCUUCACAGAUGGCGCAUGCGACCCGUGUGAGGGCGGCUUCACCACAGGUGUUGGAGGGGUCCUCUUUAUUCCCGGCAAGGGGGUAGCUAGGGCUUUCGGCUGCAGGGUUCCAACCAAGCUCGUCAGGCAAUGGGCCGAAGGUAGGAAACACAUUAUAGGGCAGGUCGAGCUUUACGCGGUGGUGCUCGCCAGGAUCUUGUGGUCGAGUUACAUCGACGGCGAAAGAUGCAUAUUUUUCGUUGACCAUUCGGGUGUGUUGAGUGCUUGCAUCAACUCGAACUCGAUCGAUGCAUCGUGGAGAAGCCUGCUCCUCCACCUGGAGGCUGCCGAUGAAGCACGGCCUUGUUUGCCCUGGUUUCAUCGUGUCCCGAGUCGGAGUAACAUCGCGGACCCACCUUCGCGAGGCAGAUGGGACGAGCUGGCAUUCCUCGGACCUUUUGCUCGUGACGCGCCGACUUGCUUUGUCGCUGGUGAGGCGCUUGAUGCAACAUAA